GCAGCCGGCGGCUGAGCGCGGCGGCCGCGCAGGUGGACGCGGUCCGGCCCCCCAAGCCCGAGAGCGCCUGGAGGCCGCCCCGGCGGGAGGGCUCUGCCGCGGCGCUGGAAGAGGAGGACGAAGACGAAGAUGUGGUGGUGGAGGUGGAGGAAGAAGAGGAGGAGGAGGAGGGCGGCCUGGGGAGCGCCCCCUCGGCGCUGACCGGCCACGGCAAGGGCCUCCUCCGGGGCAGCCUCAAGGCAGCCAACAUCAAGCGUGAAAUGACCUUCCCUGCAUUUCAACAGGAGGAUGUAAAAAGUGACAUCAGUCAAAAACUGCCAGACCAACAGUUUCUCCUGUUUACCACAAAGGAGGAAGAUUUAAAAACAGCAGAGACCAAAAAACUAAAUAGAGCUCAUGAGUAUGAAAAGGAAAACACUCGUUCUGUUUGUCUUCUGGAACAGAAGCGCAAGGUUGUUUCUUCAAAUAUUGAUGUGCCUCCAGCAAGAAAGUCUUCAGAAGAACUGGACAUGGAUAAAGUAACAGCAGCCAUGGUACUCACCAGUUUAUCCACCAGCCCUUUGGUCCGCAGCCCUCCUGUCCGACCCAAUGAAUCCCUGAAUGGAUCUUGGAAAGAAGGAGGAUUUGUGCCUUCUAGUACCAGCAGCAGUGGAUACUGGAGCUGGAAUGCUCCCAGUGACCAGUCCAACCCAUCCACCCCAUCUCCACCUCUGUCAGCUGAUAGCUUCAAAACUUUUCGGACACCUUCCCAGCCAGAUGAUGGUAUUGAUGAAGGUGAAACAAGCAACCUUCUCUUCGAUGAACCCAUUCCUAGGAAGAGAAAGAACUCCAUGAAGGUGAUGUUCAAAUGCCUGUGGAAAAACUGUGGGAAGGUACUGAGCACAGCUGCAGGGAUUCAGAAACACAUACGGACCAUUCACCUUGGACGUUUAGGAGAGUCUGACUACAGUGAUGGAGAGGAGGAUUUUUACUAUACAGAAAUCAGGCUCAACACGGACUCAGUAGCUGAUGGCUUAAGCAGUCUUUCCCCAGUGUCUCCAUCUUUAGCAUCUCCUCCUUCCUUUCCCACCCAAGAUGCAAUCCGUCCUGAAACUUCCUGUGCCAAAACUGAGACUAAAUUGAUGACACCUCUGAGCCGCUCAGCUCCUACCAACCUCUACCUCGUACACACGGACCAUGCUUACCAGGCCACUCCUCCGGUGAACAUUCCAGGGUCAGCAAAAUUCACUCCCAAUGGCAGUAGCUUUAGCAUCUCUUGGCAGUCGCCUCCAGUUACCUUCACCGGCAUUCCAGUUUCACCAACCCAUAAUCGUCCUGCAGGGAGUGGAGAGCAGAAACAGUCCCACACAGUUCUUUCGUCACCGCCUAGAGUAGCAUUUGGCUUGAGGAAGCCUAGAGGGGAGGGGAAAAAGUGUCGGAAGGUCUAUGGGAUGGAGAACAGAGAUAUGUGGUGUACUGCCUGCCGAUGGAAGAAGGCCUGCCAAAGGUUCAUCGACUAACAAUUGAAAUUAUGCAGAGGAUUUGGGGAUGGGGGAGGACAACAGCAGAACCAGAUUGCUGCAGCUGCACUGUAUCACUUCCCAUUUUCCCCUCCAGUGAUGUGGUGUUGGGGGUUUGGGGUUUUUGGGAUGUUUUUUGGUUUUUUUUUUUAGAGAGCUUUGUAUUUCAAAGUGAAGCACUUGUAGCCAAGGAAAAGCACUAAUUAAAACCUGUGUGGAGCAAUAGCGCAAAAAAAAAAAGCAAAACCAAGAACACACAACAAAAUUCUGUCUUAGUAAGCAUGGAAACCAGAGCAGCUAUUAGUGUUUUUCUGUAAAAGAAAGGAAAAAGUUAAUUACUUUGCUAACUCUGUGAGCUACUUGCUCCUUAGGAUCAUUUUUAACCAUUUCAGUCUCUGUGCUGUGAACAUCUGUAUCUGCUAAACUGAUCAAGUUUUCUGUUCCUGAAACGAAGAUAUCUUUUUGAAAGCUUUCUAAUAAACACUUCAGAGUCGUAUAAGCUACAGUUUUCUCAACAAAAGCUGUACUGAGACUGGAUACUGCUAAAUAAUUCUCCUGAUACGAAUGAUCAUUAUUAUAUUUUUGGAAAGGGGAUGUGGGGAGGAGUUGGGAUUUUCGUUUGUUUGUUUUGUUUGUUUGCUUAUAGGGGAAGAGCAAAAUCUGAAUUUGCAAGAAGGACAAGCAAUGCUCCUGGAAGAUUUUUAAACCAGUCACAGACCAGUGGAGUGGAACAAAGUAAUUUAAGUACCAAAUUGGAUUUUGACCCUCUAGAGGAAGAAAAGCAGCAGUGUAAAGUCACCAGCAGAUAUUGUCACGAGAAGUUGAGAGAAGAAAGCCAGUGAUGCUUGAUUGAAACCCAUAAGAAUAUAUUGGCAGUCCAGUAGCUUUUCUUACCACUCUCCCCUUUCUGAGAGAGUAUGAACAGUAGGACCAGCAUGGCUGUUGCUGCAGGAGGCCUAUGAAGAACUGGUACUUGCAGCCACUAUGAUUAUUUGUAAUAUCUAUUCAGGGACAUGAUCCAGCCCAGCAGUUCUGCUUUUGCUUCCUUUUCUCUUAUUUGAGAGAUUUUUUUUUUAGAUAAUGGUUUGCUCAGCUUUUUUUUUUUUCCUGUUAAAGCUACUAAGAUUUAUUUGACACAAAAAAUUGGUAAAGAAAAUACCCCCUUUCCACAACAUCAUCUCAGAAAAAGAAGUACAACAGCAAAGGAGCAACGUUAUUUAUGGUAAACAUCAGUUUCUUAAAUCAUUUUGUUAUACAAAUGAAAAAGUUUCUCUGCUUGCAGUACUUUGAUAGAUUUGGGUCAUUUAAUUUCUCUGUCCAUUAGGAAAUAUGCACCAGAGUGUGGCAAGCUGGUGUUCUGUCUCAACUUGUAUCAAAUUACUGUUAAUUAAUGAUUAUUUCAGAGCAAAAAUAAAGUAAGGAUUUACUAGGAAAUGAAUGUAUAUGGUUAAAUAAUACUUACCUGUAAAAGAAAACAAGACAUCUUAAAAAAAUCAAAGACACAGAAGCAAAACUUUGCCUAUUAAUUGCAGCAUGAAGGGCUGCAAAUGCCUGGGUUAUUUUUUUUCUUUCGUAGUAUUCUAACCAAUUAAAAUUAGACCAAAUCUUUUUCUUCCUUUUUUUUUUUUUUUAAAUUGUCUGAGCUGGCUUGUUCUCAGUGAAAUAAGGGAACUCUUAAAUAUCUGAACAACUUUCUGAAAUCUGGUCCAAAGUUCAAUUGAUAGCUUUAUUAAGUGUGCAGUGCUGCUUGUGCCUGUGUAAAAGCACAGAAUAACAAUGCAGUUGUUUGGAAUAUACACUAUGGAUUCAGUAAGGUAGCAUAGAAAAGAAAAAUCUAUAAUAGGAGAUACUGAAGGUUAUCAUCUGAUUUUCUGUGAACAAGUUAAUUGGGCAAUCAGGUGCCUAAUUUGAGCAUGCUAUUUCUGCAGUUAUUUACAAAUUGUGUAAUUUACAUGCACAAAUGGCAAGAUAUGCUUGCAUGCAUGCAAUUACUUGAUUUUUUGCCCAAUUGUGUUCUCUAAGUCAUUAAGAAAAAAGAAAAAUAGACUCUGAAAGCUAGUAAGACCCUAAAAUAUAUACACAUAUAUGUGUGUAUGAGUAUUUUUGUAUGUGUGUGUAUACAUAUAUGUAAAACUAUAUAUUAUAUAGUUUUAUAUGUGUAUAUAAAAUCUGGAAUCAACAGGGAGGAGAAAGAUUGUUUUCUUUACAAAUAGAAAAAAUCAAGACACUAAGGGUCAGUGGAUAUACAUAACCACUGUAUUAUCUUCUUUCCUCUUAGUAAAAUGUGGGUUGUGGGUUUUCUUUAGAUGUUGUAUUUUUUCUAUUUCCAUAGUAAAAUACCUCAUAGUAAUUCAUGGACAUUUCAUAUUCAAACACUGGGCUUGCUGGUGGUGUACUUACUUUGAUAGAACUUAAAAAAUUUGGGACUUUUCCAAGAUACUCCUGCCAAUUUGCCCCCCCCCCUCCCAUUUUUACAAGCACUCCAAGACUAUAAAGCAUUCCAUGAUUAAUUUGACUGUUGCCAGACUAACAGUAUUUGCCUAUGUAUUUGUUGUUCCCCUCCUUUUUGCUUUGGAGGAUUUUUUUUAAAAUUAUCUAUCAGAUUGUAUAUUGUUUCUAUAAUGUCAUGGCAUUGUGAGCACCUUUCCCAAGGGCACUUUAUGAAUUGUUGUAAUAAGAUUAUUUUUUAUGAAUUUCUGCACAGAAGAAUGGUUUUGUCGCCAGACCAGAUUGCCCUCUGGUACAAAUUGGAUAUGGAUUAUGUAAGGGACAAAAACCACAAACCAUCAAAACAGGAGAGAAAGAUGGUGUCAGCAAGGCAGAGGACAGAAAGGUACUUGAUAAAUCCUGCCAGGACAAAACUAAGUUACCAGUAUUUUUACACAAUCUUUAAUCAGCAGUUUAUAUUAAAUCAGUUUUGGAUCU